CUGCUGCUUUAAUGACCUUGAUCCACCAGUUUGCUCUUUUGUUCAACCUGGAGCUCUUCUAGAUGAGGGGACUUGUCCAUUGUGCAGACGCUUGUUAAAUUUACAACAGUGGAGCACGCUUCUACGGUGCUUCAUCGACCAGGGAUCUGAAGAUUAUGGCCUUUGUGGUGGCUGUCGGGUGAUUCUAAACUACCCUUCCGCGUUUUCCUGCCGCUCUCGGGCUGUGACGUGUCGCGCUGACGGCGGCCUCGGAGCUGGAGGAGCAGGGGGCUGUAGCAUGACAAGAUCUGGCUUCACACGUCCUCCUUCGUUACCAGCGGUACUUCAGAAGCAAACCCUAACCCCUCCUUCUCUUCUCCUCUCUGGCCCGCCCAAAUAACACAAAACUCCCGACUGAAUCCUGCCCGAGUCUGGGGGAACCAGGCGGCCUGGGAAGCCGCGGAGCCGACAAAGGCUAUCCCCCUGCAGCAUAAAUCUGCUCUCCAAUAACAAAUGCAGUGUGAAGACAAUGGAUGAAGAUGUCACCAGGCUUGCAAUACAUUCUGAAGAGCCUAAAAUAAUAUUACACGGAUCGGAUGAGGGUGGUGCUGGCGGGCAAGAGUUUGUUGUGGAACUUCAAGAGACUGUGUUGGUGUCUGAGGGCGAGGGCGAAGGCAUGGCGCUUCACAGGUUUGCUCCAGAUGAGCUAGUCAUCCAGGAUGCUGUUGAGGAUGUGGUUUCUGAGUAUGUGCACUGCGAUGAAGAUGAAGACGUUGCUGUAGAAACAUGCGUGAUGGCUUUGGAAGGUGAGGAGGAAGGUGUUGCCAUGGGAGACAUCCCAGAAGAUGGGUUGGACCCAGAUCAGCAAGAGGACGACCAGGAUGGCUGUGGAGACUAUCUAAUGAUAUCCUUGGAUGAAGCUGGUAAAAUGGUGUCUGAGGAUGGAACAGAGGUCACGGUGGAAGGAGCAGUUGAGGACCAGGAAGUGGAGAAGGAUGAGGAUGGACAGGAGGUGAUAAAGGUGUACAUAUUCAAGGCAGAUUCUGGAGAGGAUGACAUGGGAGAAUCUGUUGACAUUAGUGAUGGUGAUGCAGAAAGCAUGGCACUCACUGAGUCUUCAAGCCAAACUCUCAGAGAAAAACUGAUUUACAAGUCUGGGGAUUCUCACCACAAUCAAGGACACCAUGGUGUGGAGGAUAGUGACGGCUGUGAAAACAGAAAUGGUGCAGCCAGUGCUCUUCUGCACAUCGAUGAAUCUGAUGGCAUUGAUGAAAUCAACAGGCAGCGCACCAGGAGCAGGAGACGGUCAGAGCCACGGCAGGUUCAAACAGCCAUCAUCAUCGGUCCGUAUGGUCAGCCGCUGACAGUUUACCCUUGUAUGCUUUGUGGGAAAAAGUUUAAGUCGCGAGGCUUCCUUAAACGCCACACGAAGAAUAACCACCAGGAUGUUCUAUCUAGGAAAAAGUAUCAGUGCACAGACUGUGACUUCACCACCAACAAGAAGGCCAGCCUUCAUAACCACAUGGAAGUGCAUGCUCUGAGCAGCAAGGCCCCAUUUGAGUGUGAGAUGUGUGGUAAGGAGUUCCACCAACAGGGGGCACUAUUUUCUCACAGACUGCAACACCACCACAGAGAGCCCAAAAGCCAGCCUCCGCCUCCACCUCCUCCUCCUCCUCCUCCUGUUCCCACCAAAAUGCAUAAAUGCAAGUUCUGUAACUAUGAAACUGCUGAACAGGGUUUGCUCAAUCGCCACCUGUUGGCUGUUCACAGCAAAAGCUUCCCCCACAUCUGUGUUGAAUGUGGGAAAGGUUUUCGACACCCAUCCGAGUUAAAGAAGCACAUGCGCACACACACUGGCGAGAAGCCUUAUUCCUGUCUGUACUGCGACUACAAGUCAGCAGAUUCCUCUAAUCUCAAAACGCACAUCAAGACCAAACACAGCAAAGAGAUGCCGUACAAGUGCGAACGCUGCUUUCAGACCUUUGCUGAGGAGGAGGAGUUAUUGCAACAUGGACUAACACACGAGGAGAACAAGACCCACCAAUGUGCCCACUGUGACCACAAAAGCUCCAAUUCCAGUGACCUAAAACGCCAUAUUAUAUCCGUUCACACCAAGGACUAUCCACACAAGUGUGCCGUGUGUGGGAAAGGCUUCCACCGGCCCUCUGAACUUAAGAAGCAUUCUCUAUCUCACCGCACAAAGAAACUCCACCAGUGCCGGCACUGCAACUUCAAAAUUGCGGACCCUUUUGUUCUCAGCCGCCACAUUUUGUCUGUUCACACGAAAGAGCAGCAGGCCUCAGCGGAAAAGAGUGAGGCUAAGAGGACAGAGACGCACACUCCUGCCGUGACUACUAAAAAGUCUGCUCCUAGUGGGUCGAGUGGCUCCGGCCCGCCUGCGAGGGUCAGUGCUGCCAGUCUAGCCAGCAGUGUGACAGUAGUUAUAGGCAAAGGUCAAAAGGAGAGGAGGAUUUACCAGUGUCAGUACUGCGACUACAGCACCGGGGAUGCCUCGGGCUUCAAGCGGCAUGUCAUUUCCAUUCACACAAAAGACUAUCCACAUCGCUGUGAGAUCUGCUCGAAAGGCUUCAGGCGCCCCUCGGAGAAGAACCAGCAUAUCAUGCGUCACCAUAAGGACGUGGUGCAGGCAGAGUGACUGAGCCAAAUACUGUGCCACGACAAAGAACAAUGCUGAAGCAUCCCAAUCGCUGCAUUUGCAGCAUCCUUCACACUAAGGAAGUGUGCUGCACUUAAGGCCACUUAUCUUUGUUUGUUAAUCUUUAUAUAUAUAUAAAUAUAUAAAAUAUAUAUAUAUAUAUAUAUAUAUAUAUAUAUAUAUAAAUGUUUUGCUCAGUUUGAUCCUCGGCCUCACAUGAUUACUAAUGUAUCCACAUGUACAUAAUGUUAAGGCUCUAACUGAGCAGGCAGCCAAGCCCCCCCCCCCUCCAUAGACUUGCACCUUUAACUGCAUGUCCCUAGCUGGUGACAAUGUGCAUGGCAGAUUGUGCAGUUUGUGUUUUUGUAGAUACACAUUUUUAUCUUGCAGGUAGCAAUCAGUUCUCAGUCACUAUGGUCCUAAUUAUUUGUCUUCAAGCCGAAGUGUAAAUUUCAAAAAAAUGUUUGUGUCCUUUUGUUCCAAUGUACCCAUCACUGAGGUAUGUAUUAGCAGCCUGUUCCCUGUAGCACUUGUAAAUUGUGUCUGUGUGAGAAUGGUUUGGGUGGACUAAAAGAAGCUCCUUUGCUUCUCUUCCAGACGCUUCCUGCUCUUUUUGUUUCAGCACGAGUCUUUUGUUUGUCAGUAAAACCGCAUGUCAGGCUGGACGCAGACACUAAGUAUCGUCUGCAGGUGGGUAGAACCAGGUGCAAUCAUGCAGCCUACACGCAGGUUUUCAGUCCAUUGUGGGCUGCUGUUCGAAAAACAAAACCUGAUGAAUUUGAAACUGCUGAUAUUUGCAAUGAGAGACAAUUCUCCCCCUAAUCUAUCAGAAAAACUCUUACAACCAGAUCUGUUCAAAAACAUGUAUUAGUGAAGUUGGUUUAGAUUUUUAUUUUAGUAAAGGCUCUCAUUAGUGCCCCAAUGUAUGAAUGUUUGGUCUCAAUGGGAAUCCUACAGUAUAUGUGGUGCUGCAAGUCUGAAACUAUGGACUGACCUUUGUUUUAGGCCAUCACAGAUGCAUUUUUUGCCAGCAGAAAGGGACUCUUCAGGUUCUGGCAGUGUACAUGUACUAUGGCUUUUUAAUCUCUUUUUUUAACACCUGUGAUUAUUGGUUUUUAUAUUUAUUUCAUUUACAACUUGUUGUAUAGCUAAGUGUAACUAGACUUCUAUGGGACGUAAAUUAUUGUUUUGUAUACAAAUCUGUACAAAGCGUGUAGAUGUAAACAGUUGAUUAAAAGGAAAUCUGAACUUUGUUGUAUGUA